CUCAAACAGCUGAUCACUGUUUAUCAUCAACAGGACUAAGACUUCAUUUAUAUGAGGCAUAAUGAGCAAAAAACAAAGGACAACAAGUAUAGACGAAAUCGAGAGGCGUCUCAAGCAGGAUCGAAAAUUACUCUCUGUUAUCACUGAUACCCUCGAACGGAAUGACCAGCUCACCAUGGGGAUGGAAUCCAUCUUCUUCUCAAUCGAUGGUCGACUGGAGAGACUGAAAAAUAAAAAGAUGCCAAUGUUUGAGGAAACAGAGAGGUUGGAACAACUGAAGUUGAAUACAGACCGAACUCUGGCAAAACUAGACCUGGUCAUUAGCCAUUACCACGUCAUUAGAACUACGAACUGGAUCAUUUGUCAAGGACCUACAGGACGACUGAAAAAAUACCUGGACAGCUUAGACCAGAUCAAGAGAGCUGCAGAAUAUUUUGAGGAAGUUAUCCCUGAGGGCCCUGAGCUAAAACCUCUGAGGCUGACUCUGAAUAAAGCCAAGCAGCAGCUACAGUCAGAGUUCCACAGGUUGCUGCUAAGGUGCAGUAACCCCACCACUCCAAUAGAUGUCCUGAACCUGAUUGGCCCAGAUGAAGUGUUGGGCAUUCAGAGAGAUGAUGUGGGCAUUCCCAGCCCUGUACUCCAGGAAUUGGUUUCCAUUUCCACCUGGUGUUUGGAGGACCACUCCAGCUUUGAUUACUUGCUAGAGGACAUUGAAGAGGAUUCUCCCUUGGCUUCCAAGUGGAAAGGUGGGAAAAGACUGAAAACAUGUUCGCUGGGCCGAGACACUUGGGCUAGUCCUCACAAGAAGAGGGCAGCAUCAUGGUUGGGCAACAAGCUGAAGACCCGCUCAUUGGACCGACCCCCAACCCUGGGGCCUCUGCCUUGCCGCAAGGAAGACUCUGAACUCCUUGAACUGCCAGACAUCAUUGAGGAGGAGAUUCCCUUAACUGCCUCGAGCAGACUAAAGACGCGUUCUCUGGAUCGCACAGAUUCUCCAAAAACUUUUAAGGCACCUCUACCGGGAAGCCCCUUCGUGAGGAAGACUGUGUCGUGGAUGAGCAACAAGAUGAAGACCCGUUCACUGGAACGGCACCCAGGAAUGGAGCCCCUGCUUCAGCCACCUUUCAACAUCUUUGCAGUGUACUCCCAGGCACGGUCGUGCUGCCUGGAGAGGUCUCUGAAGGUUUUCAAAGAUCACUUGCGCAAGAGGAGCACUUCCUCCGCAAGCCUGCACUCGCUGUCCUCCUCGUCUGGCCCCACCUCCCCUUCCUCCUCCUCCUCCUCCUCCUCCUCCUCCACCUUCAGCUCUGUCAGGGACUCUCUCACAAGAAUCUCCAAGAGACUAGGGAAGGAGGGUUGGUGUGAAAUUGACGUUGAUUCCUACAGUCAGUGCAUCACGGCGUUUGGUCUUCUGGCCAAUGUGGAGUUCUCUGCGCUUGCCAAAAUCUUUCCUCAGAUUCACCGGAAGAGAACUUUUGACCCUUUGGUUCAGAAAGCUUUGGCUGUCCUGAUUGAGGAUGGGGAGUAUAUCAUCUUUGCUGUGCGCCAUGCUGUGAACGCCUACCAUGAUUACAGUGCCCUGCUUACCGUCCUCCGUGCACUUCACGCCCUGAAAGCUGCGCAGCCAAGCGUCAACAAGGUGCUGGAGUACACAUCCUGCAAAACCAAGGACAAGCUGCCCUAUCUCAUUAAAUCCAUGGGAACUUUCGCUCUCAAAGUCUUGGAUAGGUAUCCAGGUAGCAUUAUGGAAGAAUGGAGUAAGAAACGAGAGAUGCCUGAGGGUGGAACAGUUCAUGAGCUGACCAGCAAUGUUAUUCUCUUCCUGAGCCAGCUGGCCCUGUUAAAGACAACAGCAGAACUGUUUGCCUCCAGGGAGUCAGGCAGUGAGACAAGGCACUGUGAAACCCCAGACGAUGACAUCAAAUAUCUGAGACCAUUCAUUUCUGAGGUGCUUGAGCAGGUUUUCCUGUGUUUGAAGAAUAUGGCCACCAUGUACGAGGACCCUUCUUUGAGAGCCAUCUUCCUGUUCAACAGCUACAACUAUAUUCACAAUUCUGUCUCAAAGGCCCAGCUGAGAGGGGUGUGGGAGGACGGUGCUGAGCAGCCACAGGCUGUGUGGGAGCAGAGGAUGGAGGAACAGAAGCAGACAUAUCUACUAAGCUGGUUGAAGGUUUCUGAAUACCUGAUAGAUGACGGGAUGCCCCCUCUGCAACCAGGCUCUAAGCUAAAUGAAAAAGAGCGUCACUUGAUCAAAGGAAAAUUUAAGAGUUUUAACGACGGCAUAGAGGAGCUGCUCGAGACGCAGAGGGAGUGGGCCAUCCCAGACCCAGACCAACGGGAGGCCCUCUCUAAGGCCCAGGUCUUCCUGGUGGGCCAGGCUUAUAGAGCCUUUCUGGAGAGGUACAAGCAGGUUAAGUUCACCAAACACCCACAGAAGUAUUACAAGUACUACCCUAAAGAGGUGGAGGAGAUGAUUCAGAAGUUCUUUGACACCCUAAUCUAACAAGGGACCUACUGUUGUAUGCCAUCCAGCAUGCCCUGCACUUGGAUUCCACCUACUGUUCAUUUGUUAUAAUUGGUGUUUAUUUGCAAUAUUUUGCAUAUUCU